AUGAUUGCUCGCAUCUCCGUUCCACCUGUAGCAUCCAGGCUCGCCAUCCGCGACUCGGAUCCUGAUCGUACAUUUCAAGGCCAUGACGCACAAGCCAUCGCAGAUGCACUCACUGCUCACUCUCAAAAGAUGUCCGAGAUCCAAGCUCAAUCUUUGAAUUCUCCGACAACGUAUCAAGGUUACGACUCGUCCGACAUUGCCAAGGCCAUUCAGGGCUACGUGAUCACGCACCAGGACAGUCCAUGGUUGCACAAGUUCACACAGCCCACGGAGCUCGCCACGAGCAGUGGACAACCUUCGAUCGAUUUGCAGCACAGCACGCUUGCCGUCACAGCGGCAUCAAGCUCCAGCAUCAGCAGCGGCAACGCGACUCUCACGCCCGUCUUUUCGCUUUCGCAGCUGAUCCACCAACAGUACUGGAUGAGCGUGGUGCUGUGCAUCGUCUGGAUCGUCUUGGGACUACUCUUGCUCUUCUUUGGCUGGACAUCCUUCUUCUGGGGAUGUCAGCUUGGCAACAGUGCAAAGAGGAUCGACGAGCGCGUCAAGAAAGCGGGACGCCUCAGUCCCUUGUUCGCUGGCCCACCUCUCGCAGCUGGCGUCGGAGGUUUCGUCGUCGGCUUUCUCUUCUUCUCCUUCCUUGCAACUGUUAUCACGACAGCUAUCUGCGUCGCUGAUCGAGAUACGAUCUCUUCGACUUCGCUCUUCUUCAUAUGGCUCUUACCCGGUCUACUCGGUGCCUUCCUCUCAGCGCAUUGGCCACUCUUCGCAAGAGCAUUUACGGGUCUGCUCUCGGGAGCAUGCUUCACCCUCAUCGUGACGGCUAUCUUUGGCAUCCACACCUUGAUCAUUCGAACUGUGGUUGUCAUCGUCUUUACCAGUCUCGUCACCGCACCUCUACUCAUCCCACGACGAAACGUGAUCCACUUUCACCUUCUCAACAUUUGCACCUCGAUCAUCGGCAUGGUCACUUUCCUCGAUGGUGUCGCACUAUUUGCACCACCACGCGCCAGUUCCGAUAGCUGGAUCGACCUCUGGGUCGUACUCUUCGCACCGGACAAUUCGGCUUCCGAGCUGAGCGCAACAAAGAAGUGGGGUACGGGAGCUUUCAAGGGAUUCAUUGCAGCUUCUGUUUUGGGAACAUUGAUCGGGUUCGCAUUCGAGUUCGUCUUCCACAAGCAUGCGGCGGAGGAUCCGGAUAUGGAAUGGAACAACUACCUCGGAUCAUUCACUCAGAGUCUUGGAGAUUCUCCGGAUGAUCGUGCUGGUUCAUUCGAGCCGGAACCGAGUGCGUGGCAGAAAUUGACGAAUGCGUUCACCCCUGCAACAAAGCCUGCUUAUGGGAACGUCUCGGCCGCUGCCAUUGACGAUCUCGAAAAGAGUCCGCUCACAGACCUUCCGAGGACCAAACUUGGAGCUAAGGCACGCCGAGCUCGAGGCGGGAAGAAAGGCCCCGCCAAAUUCUCAGCUCUGAACAGAUCCGAGUCGGAUUCAGAGACGGAGUACGAUAGCGAUUCUAGCAUUCAUAAGCUCAACCCGGGAGCAAUCUCUACAAAGAGUCUCAUAUCCAAAGCAGUGGCAUACGAGUUAGCAGACCAUCUCAAGCCCCUCACGUCUAGCGGCGAUACCAAGUACACCAAAGCCAGCUCGCCAGGUCUCCAACCCAGACCACCUAGCUAUCGCACCAACACGGGUCUCAGUGCAAACGAAUCCACAGGUAGCGGCAUCAGUGGUACCACUGUCAACCCUGUAGAUCCGACCGCUCCUUCGCGUUUGUCGAGCAGAAGCGGUGGUGCAGCAACAUCCACAGUGUCGCCAACAAGACCAGGUUUUGAGCGUGGAACGACCAUGUCUCCUCCUCCACCUUUCCCUUCCAGCACUGCAACGUCACCGCUCGCACCCAGCUUCCCUGCGACCCCAAGUCUGAUCAACGCCAUCACAAGGAUUCAAGCCGCUCAGGCUCAGGCAAGAGCAUGGUACGAAUCGAACCAGCAGCAGACGUCUUCUGCCAAAGCUUCUGUAGAAGCAAAGACGGAGAUUCCUGAGAACAAGAGUGCGAUCCGACCUGACUCGGACAAGGCGACUGAGGGACAGUCAACAGAAGCAGCCGCUACGCCGGCAGCGGGUCAGGCAAAUACGACUUUCCAGAGCUGGUGGGGAAAAGAGGUAAAGGGUGAGCCUAAGCCUUGA